AUGACCUUGAAACAAACUGUUUUCCUUCCUUCUUUCUAUCAGGUGCAGACACUGCUUCAACAAAUGCAGGACAAAUUCCAAACCAUGUCUGACCAGAUCAUUGGAAGAAUUGACGACAUGAGCUGUCGCAUAGAUGACCUGGAGAAGAACAUCGCGGACCUCAUGACACAAGCAGGAGUGGAAGAACUCGAAGGCGAGAACAAGACCCCUGCUCCUAACAAGAGCUAAAGUUCCUGGUAAUUUAAGAUGAAUGCUGGAACACUUUUUGUUUCCUUUUGUUUGUUUAAACAAGCCCUUGGAAUUGCAGAACCGCUUUUUGCAGCUACGUUGUGUAUGAGCAUUUUUAUAUCGUUACAGAGCUUGCAUUCCUGAUGUAUAGUUAGGGAUAGGUUAGUUAAUAUUUUGAUUCAUGUACUGUAACUUCACUUUUUGAAUUCUUGUUAUGAGGAUCAACUUGUGUUAUUAAAACACAGAUCUUACGGAUCUCAA